AUGGAUCCUUUUGGAUUUACUCAUCUACGAAGUAGGGAAACGUUAAAUGUGGUACCUACGAUAUUUAAUCGUAAAUACAAAAAGAGCAACUUAAAUAUCUCAAAAUUAACGAAAUCUCAGCAAUUAUCGAUGCGUUAUCUAUACUAUCCUGUGAAUAUGCCCAUUUGUCGUUAUCAGAAGAGACUUAUUUUAGAUUCUUUAUAUAAUAAUUUAUUGUUAACAUUACCAAAAGAAUUGGAUACUUUCUUCAUUGGUGCCGUUACUAUGCUCAAUUUUCAUAGAUGGUUUCCAGUGCAGAAGAUAGUUUGCAUAUGUAAAAAUGUAGAAUCAUCGUUGAAUGCCGCAAAACGAUUCGUUGAAAUUACGGGUUAUUCACAUGGUAUUUGUGUAUAUGCUAAUUUGAAAAAGAAUGAUCGUUAUGCGGAAUGGAUGCAACAGAACAUUAUAUUUGCUACUGCACAGAGUGUUGUUGCUGAUUUCACGGGUAGAAAAGAGCUUUCGGAAAUUUGCUUGAUGGUUGUGGAAGAUGCACAUCGUGCUAUUUCCGGUUCUCAUCCUGUAUCGGAAUUAAUUCGUAAUUGUAUUCUUCAAAAAGCAGAAUUUCGUAUUUUGGCUUAUACAGAUUGCAAAUUGGAUAAAGUUGGUGAGCUGCAAUUAAUUGUAAUGAAUCUUCAAAUUGAUUUGAUUCGAUCAUUAAGCUCAAUUAGAGAAGAAAUUUCAUUAACUUUCGCUUCGCCAAAAAUGUGUAAACUCUAUAUAAAUAUCAGUGAUGAUAUCCGUCAUAUUGGCAAUGAACUACUGAAAACAAUGGAACCUAUUGCAUCAUUACUAUACGAAAGUGGUAUAUUUCCUACAAACGAUAUUAAAAAAAUUGCGAAUUUUUCAAUAAAUUAUUUGCAACGGAAGAUGCAAAUUGGGCAAGAUCAUUUGACGGAAAUUUAUUGUGAUUUUUUUGAACUUCUAUCAGCAUAUGAUAUUCUAAUGUGUGAUGGUUUGACUGCUUUCAGAAAUACUCUUCAGGGUAGCAAGAAGUCAAUAGUAGUAUUAUUAUGUCGAGAUCGAGAUCCAGCAUUUGUCAAUAGUCUUCUUCUAUCUGUUACAGCGCGGCUUUCUGACAAAGAAUCUGGAUUUGCUUUUUUCCUCGUUAAAAAGAAUAAUCAUCAAGCGGAAAUUUCGGAAAAUAUGAUGAAGGAUAAAUUAUGCAAUGUUAUCAUUGUACCAUGUGGUUCUGAUGCAAUCGAAAUUAACGUCGGUUACGUGGAUUCUAUAAUUUGUAUGGAUGAAGGGCUAUGUGCGCUUCAUUAUACAGGAACAAUCAGAAUACGAUCAGAGGGAAAUCUUUUAGCACUCUGUUCUUCAGGCUAUGAGACGAAUAUCUACAGCUUUUUGGCAAUUGAGGGGACUGUUGAUUGUGUAAAAAUGGAUCACAUUAAAGGCUUACAGCUAUGUAACGAUGUAUUACCGAUGUUGCCAUUUAAUGUUAUACCUGAAAUUGUAGAGUACUGGGCUCAAAAUGUUGAUAACAAUGAUGGUUUGCUAACGAUGGUUCAACGUUUGGAUUUUCAAGAAAGACUAGCUCUCAAUAAGCCAAUGAAUAGUUUAAAUUUAAUUAAGGACAAUCAUAGUCUAUUGGAUUUCUGUGUGAAAGAAACAUUUUUGUGGCAAGAUCGUCUGCAACGCUUCACAUUACUUGGUCACAGUGUUAGUGCUUCCAAUUUAACAAAUAUUUUCGGUGGAGACCCGAAAAUAUUGGAGAAGCAAGUUCUAAGAUUACAAAAUAGACUCAAGUUAAAAUGGAUAAGUGAAGAAGAGUCACAAUCAUCGAAAAUGGAUGAAGCAAAUUUAAUGGAAGUACAGUUGAAACACGAUAAACAUUCAAAAAUGGAUUGCUGUCGAAAAUCAUCCGGUCAGAAACGAUUAGCAAAAAGACCAUCCAAAAAAUGUGACUCGACAAAAGCACAGCGCUUGAACCGUAUUGAUUCAGCUAGCUUUACACUGUUAAAAGUGUUGAAAACAGAAUUAAAAGCAGACGACUUCGUUGACAACAUCAAAAAACAAAAUGAAUAUCGUGAACGUUUAGAAGGGAUAACUAAAAUCAUUCGAAAAUUGAAUGGUCUGAUGAGUUUAUGA